AUGCCUCCGCGCAGGCGUCAGCAGUUCACACAGGACAACAUUGACCAGCAGCUCCAACAGAUUCACCUAUUGGAUCCUUCUUCGUCUUCAGAGAACCUCGAACAGCUCGGUCCUAUCAUCAAGCAGAUUCACACCAACCGCCAGCAGGAUGCGUAUCUCAGGACUGUGCAAGCCCUCAUUGACUCGAAAGAUGCAGAGAUCGAAAAGAUAUGUAGUGACAAUUACCAGGACUUCAUCUCUUCCGUGUCUACCUUGUUCAAAGUCAAGUCUUACACCGACAGUAUGAAAGAGAAAAUCACCUCAUUGGAUGCCAGCGUUGCCCAGUUGGGGGGCGGCCUGGUCGAAAAAAAGCGUGCGUUGCUGCAGACAAAAAAGACCGCUGCAAACUUGGAUGAGGCCAUAGAUACCCUGCAGGCAUGUCUGCGUGUUCUCGACGUCGUCGACCGUGUUGGUGAGAUGAUCAAGGCAGGCAAAUACUGGAGUGCCCUGAGGUCGCUCGAAGAUAUUCAGAGUAUGCCUCCAACCUCUUUGUCGCAAACUCCAUUUUUCCAACACUUGUUGUCUUCAUUACCCUCUUUACGUGGCCAGAUCAAAGACGCUGUCACUGCAUCCAUGAAACAAUGGCUUUUGGAGAUCAGAAACAUAAGCACAGAAGUUGGUCGACUGGCUGUAGAAGCCAUGGAGACAAGAACGCGACGAUGGCGUUCUAGGCGAGAGAAAGAUGUACUACUUCGGUCCAACAGAGUUGGUAGCGCUGUCGAAUUGGUUACCUACGAGAAAAUUGAGUUCAAUGUUCUCGACAAUGAUAAACUUCAUGUCGAUUUCAAACCCCUUUUCGAGUGUAUUCACAUAUACACCACAUUAAAUGCUCUGAAUGAACUCCAAAAAUCCUACCAAGCAGACAGAAAAGCUCAAUCCGAUUUGAUCCUUCCUACCCCGCUUCCGUUAGGAUCUCUAUCCUCCUUAACACAGGAAAUAUCUGGAUUCUUCAUUGUCGAAUCCCACGUGCUUGAGACUACAAAUAACUUUCGUUCUGCACGCGACGUCGAAGAGCUGUGGGACACACUUGUCACACGACUGACUAGUGCCAUUGGAAGUGCCUUGCGAACAGAGGCAGAUCCGGAAUCUUUCCUAAAAGUGAAAGAAAGCCUGCUAAGCUUUAUCAUGACAUUAGAAGCAUACUCAUACUCUACCGCCAGUCUUCAAUCCUUUAUACUUGUUUUGUUCGAGAAGUACGCCAAGCUAUUGGAAACACAGUUCACCAAGCGAUUUGAAGUUAUCGUCCGAGAAGAUGAACAUACUCCAAUGGUAAUAGGGCCCGAGGAGACUUUAGAAAGUAUCUUGGAUGUUGUCUGGUUAAAUGAAUCUGAAAGGGAUGAAUUAAAGCAAAAUUCUUCUCAAUCAUAUUUGCCGUGGUCCCAAACAUUUUAUUCUUGUUGCCAAGAUAUCCGUUUGUUUAUCCAGAAAUUUUACGCAUUCGUUGAAGGCGUAUCACAACAUCACCGUGAUAUCGAUGAACUUUUAGGCAAAUCUUUGGACUCACUGUUAAAGAAGAGCAUCGGAGAAACAAUUUUACAGCGUUUGGCUACCACACAGAACCCCGCCCAGAUAGCCCAAAUCAUCGCCAACCUAGAGCAUUUCCAAGUAGCCUGCAGUGAACUAGAGCGAUCUUUGACGAAUCUUCGGUCUACUCAACGCGGAGGCAGUAUCAAACUUACCGCAGCGUCGUCAUUCGAUCCAAUCAUAUCUCGCGCCCGUGCACGCAUGUCAGGUCUUAUCUCGUCAAAACUUGACCAAUGUUUUGAACUGUCUGAAUAUGACUGGACACCAAAUGCUCGCGAAACAUCACCGAGCAUGUACUUGUACGAACUAGUCAACUGGUUGACCACUGUCGUGGACUCCUUGGUAAUCAAAGAAGCUUACAAAGAAGAAGCCUAUAAAGGUGCCCUCGGUUACAUUACGGACUGCUUAAUGGAUUUUUUGACAGGCCGGGACAUCCCCAUGAUGAAUGAGAAUGCCAUAUCCAAUAUUCUCAUCGAUGUAGAUUUUCUCGAAGACGAACUGAAGCGAAUCGGCCGAUCUCAUCUUUCCACAGUGUUCACUGAACUUCGCCUGACGACAUCCAUCGCUCUCAGUGGGACUGUUCAGGAAUACCUAGUCCCAGCGAACAGACAUGCUUCAUACGCUGCUGUUAAACCUAAGCGGUUACAAGCCUUGCUCGAAAAACUUGCACGGUAUGGAGCGAACCAAAGAGAUGCCCCGCGACGAGAAAUUGGUGAACGACGCCGAAAGGAGGCAGAGGCAGUUGGCCGACUAUUUCCUGGCGAAAACCGCUGA